CGCUAAAAUCCGUUGAGCCAUGACGGCUGCCACCCCUGAUCGAGGGAUUUUCAGCUGUCGACUAAUUCAGACACUAUAUCGUUCCUUCGGUGAUCAGGUACAAUAAUUGGUCCUGGCGACAAACUCGAUCGCCAGGUUUAUUGAACCGGGCUGGCUGAAUUAUGAUAAUUCCAUCGACAAGGGAUCCUAUGUCAGUUCGAUCGCAGUGCUGGCCGUGUUGCACAGAACUUCGGAUCUCCCCUGAACGAAAUGACAGAUUCAGACUAGUUUCAGGGUUGGAUAUGGCGUCCUCGUUGUCGAUCCGGUUGGUUUGGGAUCGGCGACUGUGGCUAUGUCUGUUGGAAAUUAGCAGUCAGGCAUUCAGCGACAUUUGCUGCCGAACCCUAACUCUGCUUUCAUGUCUCACCCAAAAUUGGUCCAUCGCUGAGUUUAUUUACGUCGCUUUGGCGCAGUUUAUAUGCCUGCUGUUCCUCUGUCCAGUCUCUGAAAGGAUAGCACACACUCCUUUCAGCUAGUCUGGACACUGAUGGAAAGGGGUCAAUGUCAAUUGUCUUCGCUGAACUCUCUACACAUAAUCGAGUCUGAUAAUUGGUCUCAGCUAGAAUAGUUAGCAUUCUCUCUUCAUGCUAGAGCUUUGUCUAAAAGCAUUCUAC